AUGUCUGACGCUGAUUUACCGUUUCCGGAGCCAUUGCCGGAGACAAUACUAAAGGUGAAGGGCCACGCGACUCAUUUUGAUGAUGAUGACGGAGCGGAAAAUCGAUGGCGAGAAGCCUCACACAACACUGCAUCAGGCAAUCUACGUGAUUCGGCCAAUAGCCAAAAUAGCGAUUCGCAGGUGAUACGUUCCAAUGUCCAGCCAGACUACGUGGAGUUGCAGCUUCCCUUUGAAUGUGAUCGAUGCCAUCGAUCAUUUCACAGGGCUAAAGAUCUUCAAUGGCACAAAUAUAAGCAUGCAACUGGGCUGCCCUUCAGUUGUGAUAAAUGUGAGGGGAUGUUUCCGACAAAUGAUGAUCUUGAAAAGCAUGUAUCUAUAAGUUGCAAAAGGACUCGAGAUGAACAGCAGCCAGAGGGAGUCAAACCUUCCAACAUUCCAUUAAAAAUGCAAAGAUACGAUCUAUCUGCUUCCCAUCGCGGAGCAAAGUCUCACGAGUUUGUAGGGCUGAAAACAGCGCCAGUUCAUCUGGAACCUGCAAAAUUAGACUCAGAAAAAGGCACUCAUAUGAACUUCAGACGCGAACCCUUAUCUUCGGAGAUGCCGCCUGCUACGGCUCAUCGUGACAUUAUCACUGUACCAUGUCAAUCUACUCCAGAUCAAGUCAUUGAAGAUAGUCGAGAGCUUUCCGCGGCAAGUGAACUUGUUCAUUUAAAGAUAUCUCGAACGGAACGAGAUGAUUUGAUAAUAGAAGCCUUUGAAACUUUUGAGGAGAUGAAGAGCCGUCACCGUAGGGAAUUUGACGACCUACAGCGACGUAUAACACAAAAGAAAUAUCUUGCAACAGACGAAACUAGAAAUGAAAUCAAUAGGCUGUGUGAUGACAUGGAAAGACGAUUGAAGAAACGCCAAUUUGUGGAAACGCCGUUGCUGGUGGAUCAGGACACCCGGAAUCGUCGAAGGAUAAAACAGCUCAAAGCAGACGAGUCAAAAGAGCAUGCCACAGCAAUUUCUAAUAUUGAUUCGGAGUUAAAAUGGAUGGAGACCGAGAAGGCUCUUCUACAAACUCUUGAGGCCAAGCAAAUAGAACUAGGUCCCGACAACAUUUCCACAAUCGAUACAGUGAAAAAUACUGCUCGUGUUUACUUCGAUCAAGGAAAGCUAGUCGAAGCUGAACGCAUGUAUUUGCGAGCUCUAAAUGGUUAUCAAAAUGCUAAUGGUCCAACGCAAAUGCUAAUAAAUGCUGUAAUGAACAACCUUGGUCGCAUCUAUUACCGGCAGGGUAAUAUGACUAAAACUGAGCAGAUGUAUGUUCAAGCUUUGGCUAGUAUUGAAAAAUAUUUGGGAAGCAAUCACCCCACAACUCGCAAUACAGCAAAUAGGCUCGGACAUGUUUAUCAAAAGCAGGGCAAGCUUGAGGAAGCGCAAAGACUCUUUGGAGAAUCUACAGCCCCGGUAUUAGAGCCAUCUCCAAAGAUGGUCAAAGGGGCUGCAGGAAUGAAUAUCUUGCAAUCUAAUUUUAAACAAAGGGAUAACCUCACAGAUCUUGGGAAAGCUUUUCGAAACAUUGAUGAUUCGCAUAAUGUCAACUCUCAAAAUCAAUUUGAUGUUGUUCGAUGGUCGACCUCAGAAGAUGCAUCUUUGCUACGAACUAUUGCCAGACUCGGAUUAGAAGAUUGGCCCGCUGUCUCCACGGUAGUUGGAACUAAGACAGCAGAUCAAUGUCAUUACCGUUAUCUCAGAUUCGAGAAGAGCUUCGGAAUCGACCCUACCUCUUCUGAUAAAUCUUCGCAGAUCAAAUUUUUCAUGGCUACUAUUGUGAAGAAUUCUUCAUCAGAAUUGGCACAUUGGUUGCGUGAUCAUAAGAAUAUCUCGGAAGAUGGGGAUGAUAUUGUAUCAGGAUCAAAUAAAGGCAGCGCUGAGCUUAAAGAAAGCAGUAAUAAGGCACCUUCCACACCUGGAUCCAGAAGUCCAGUUGCCAGUAAAUCUUUCGGUAAUGAAGAGAUUACUCAUUGGAAGAAUUCCAUGGAGAGUAAAACGCUUGAUAUUGGUAUUCAAUCAAACUCGGAUACCCACAGAAAGAGUUCGAGUCCGCUAUCUGCUGAAUUAGGCCACGAUGGGUAUGGAUACACAAAGCCCAUGCUAGAAAGAACUGCACUCGAAAUUGCGGAGUUAAGAGCUGAAAGAAGGGCAGAGAUCGAGAGACGUUGUGCGGAGCUUGAUCCACCUUUAACCAAGGACUUACUAGCCAACAUGCCCUUAUAUAGAACUACUAUCCAAGAUGUCCGUCCUUUGACUGAACUUGGCUGGGAAUUUUUGAAGCGAAAUUUUCUGGCGGAGCGCAGUAUUGCAGAAUUAGAGUCCAGUGAUUUGUCAAAUUUAUCUUCCAUCAGGAGAUCAUACAAUAGGUCUGGUAGACAUGAUACGGAUGGCACGGUCGCCGAAAGGGAUAUCAUGGUCAAUGAGCAGCAAAAAGCUGUUGCUGACGAAUGGCAUCAUGGGUUGGAUUCAAAAGUUCUUGAUUCUGUCUUUAUCGAAAGCCAAAACGAUAUUGUAGCUUCAAUGGAUGAACAAGCUUUAAGUUCUGGUCGGGCUGAUGAGUUCGACCAGACCAUAGGUCCAACGGGCGAAGCUCACAACACUACCCAAUUUGAAUAUUCUUUAGACGCAAGGAAUAGUUUGACUGGAUACAAGGACCGUGCAGUUUUUUACGAUACAAAAAUUGCCAAGAGACUUCGACGGUCAGAGAAUUAUCAUGAUUGGGCUGUUGUUGCUAAUGGUCACGAUUUUGAAAGCCGUGCCGAGAUGACUAGAGCUACUGAUGAUACAAAUACGAAUUUGCAAAUGUCUCAAGAUAAGAGGUUGAAGAUAGCUGACUCUGUUAUGGUCGAACAAGAAGAGUACAUGAAACAGUUUACGUUUGAAAAUUGGCUGAAAGAAUUUGUGAAGCCAUCCCGAGAUCAAAGAUCGGUGACAAAACGGACACAUACUGCCGAGAUUCCGGCCAAUUCAAAGAAUGUUGACUCGCAGGAUAUUGAAGAGAAAUUAGCGGAAACGGCAAAUGAUUUGGCAAAGUCGAUAUUAGAAAAGUCUCAGUGGCUAGGGCAAAUGGAAGGUGCUGAGCUAGAUCAUGCGAUAACAAUGCUGGGAAAUGAAGUCCACAACAAAUUACACGGAAAAGGCUGGCCACGAACAACAUUAGCGAUGCAUCUAGAAGUCCAUAUCAAAGCAAUUCGUCAUAUUCUCACCCGCCACCGAAAAGAUCAAGGCCUGAUGUCUUCAAAUGUCUCGUCAUCGACAUUAUCGGAAAAUAGCAUAAACAGUGAUUCGCAUUCGAGACUGCCAAUCGAGGACAUUCCUGACGACCAAAGCGACAACUCUUUCGAGUCCUCCGCUACGGAUUCUGUGAUAUCAGUUGCAGAUAGUAUAUUUUCAGCAAUGUCACUCGCUACGGGAUCCUCGAUGUCAUCUCUGUCAGUCUCUCAGACUGCAACUGACCGCUUAGUCCGCUUACUUCUCGAAGAUGCGAUCAUAAAGCCGCUCUGCGAAGAUGCGUUGCGGGAAAAUCUUAUGUCUUGGGAACGAUUUGAGCGAAACCUCAGCCGUCUAUUAAAGGGUUUUGCCGUCGAACUACGAAAAGAAGCUCAAACUCGAGAACAGCGACAGGCCGCACAUCUUGUUCGUUUUCGUGCAAGAAACUCUGCACAUGUGAUUUGCAGUACUCUUCGGACAGAAAAAGAACCAAAAGGUUCAAAUAAUGUCAGUGGUUCCAGUACGGCUUCCCGCGUGAAUGUUGAAGAAGAAGAAACAGAGUGCGAUUUAGACAUGGAUGACGAUUCGGAUAGUGCAUCUGAGAGUUCUGAAGAUGCCGCGGAUGAUUUUCAACAUCUUGAACUAUUUGUCAAGGACUCAAAAGCUUUCGAAUUAUUUCGGGAGAAGCUACGAAUCUUUAUUCAUCCACAGAAAGCGCAGCAAUCAAUUAUAUCAACACCCAUGGCAGCCAGUCGACGAAAUAGUUUAACUUCAAAGUCAAACAAUUGGGUAAUUGCAUUACCCGGAAUGCUUCAUGAAGUCAAGGAAGAAUUUGGGACUCCCGGAGCUAUAGGAGAAAGCAGAACUCAAGUCAUGGCAUUGCACGGUUUCCAACAAUCCUCAGCAGACAUGCAGUCAGAGAUAAGUAGGGGGGUACAUCAACCAAUCCGGCAAAAGUUAGCACUAUUUUCUAGUGCGAUUUCGAUAUGGGGAAGACCUCCAAAAUGUGGACAUAGGAUUUAUGAUGAUUUCACUGAACUUCGUUCUGGAGCAGCAAAUCGACUUAAACAAUCUCUCACGAAUAAUGACUCUAGCAGCACUAAUAAAAGCCUAAGUUCAAGGCUCAGUGACUACAGUAGAUCUUUUUCAAGAAGUUUGUCUUCCGUUUUCACAGUCUGGGCUUCGAAGUCCUCGAGGAAAAGUCUCUCCUCUGGCCUACCCACCCACGAACCAUCAAAGAAUCAACUCGAUUCGAACAAUCCAAAUACUGUAGGACCAGUAAUGCUUCCAGUUGAGAAUGUAUAUCUUCUUCUGUGUUAUCCGUCUGGUCGUUACGCUACUCGACUUCUGCAGUUGGAUGUUCACAAUCUCGAACCUAAAUCUGAUCAAUCACUCUUCACUAUACUUCGAAGUAAUUAUAAAUCAAUGAGAGGUCGAUUCUUUAACCUGGUAUCAUUAAAGACUCUUAAAUCGAUAAAGUUUGUCCAUUUCGAGUUGUACCGCAGUUCUCUCAUCGACGUGCGCCAAAAGGACGUCAUACCACCUCCCGACCACAUUGAAUAUCGCUACUCGCCCGCACCUCCCGAAGUCAUUCCUCCAAUUGGUGAUAAUCAUCUCAUGCACCUAUUUCUGCAUCCGGAUCACGCCGACGAAGAUACUGUGUGUCUUGACCGAUUCCCUAAGAAGUUGAAGGAGAAACUUUUUUGUAAAAAAGGACAACCUACAAACUUUGGCUGGGGACUAGAGUUUGUGGAAGGUUGGGACAUGAAAAGCAUUUGGAUAGUUGCUUUUAUUGUCUUUGGAAUUGGAAGCUUACUGCUUGGAAUUCUUUGGGCAGUUUAUAAGCAUAGUAUUCAGGAUGCCUUUACGAUCGCGGGUUACAUGGUUAGCUUUACCGCGAUUAGUGUGGGAGCCAUACAGAGUUUAUUGGUUAUGUGA